CAUGGGCCGGUGACCGGCGGACCGCUGAGUUGUGUGAUAUGAGCCUCACAUCUGUGAGGAUGUUACCGGGAUCUGAUGAUAUUAUGAUCGCCAGGAGCUGCUUUAUUUCAUAUAACAGUCUGCCUCUUAUGUGAGGGAUCCGCAGUGAUGUCCUCCAAUCCGAUACCUCAGUCCAGCGGGGGAGGAGGGAGAGGCGCCGGCCCCAGCGACGGGCUCUUCCGGAAGCCCCGGGACCCUUCGAUGGCCCCCAGACACUACCGAACCCCGCGCUCCCUCCCGGACGUCUGCCCCAAGGAGCCCACCGGCGAAGGCCGUGGGCUCUGUGACGGGCCGUCUGUAGUGGCCGACCAGCACCGCUGGACCGUGUAUAACUCUAAAGUGAACCUCCCCGCGGCCCUGAACGACCCCAGGCUGACCAAGAGAGAGUCCGACUUCUUCACCAAGACGUGGGGCCUGGACUUCACCGAGACCGAGGUCAUGCCUUCCUUCUACUUGCCCAACAUCACCCGAGAACACUUCAGCUCCUACCUGCAGGAGACGGCUCAGAGGGAGAAGAUUCACGAGCGCUGCAAGAACGUCUGCCAGAGCAAAGACGACCUGGCGGUGCCCACCAUCACCAAUAAUCACGAUAAAGCCAGAGCUGAGCUGGAUCAGGUGCCCAAGAUCUUCAUGAAGCCCGAGUUUGUCCUGAACGAUCCGGCCACCUUUAAUGCCGUGUUGCCGUGGUCUCACUUCAGCGUCGCCGGGGGCAAGAACAGCCGAGAUGUGGCGUCGUCACGGUUACUGCAGGAAAAGUUGAGUCACUAUCUGGACGUGGUGGAGGUGAGCAUCGCUCGGCAGAUCUCUCUUCGCUCCGAGGCCUUUUUCCACGCCAUGUCGUCUCAGCACGAGCUCCAGGACCGGCUGCGAGAGACGGCCGACUCCGUGGCUAAGCUCCGCGCUCGCACCUCCGCCAUCGACCGCGUGAUGUGCCGCGGGCCGCUGCGAGCGCUGCGGGACGCUCUCACACGCAACAACUGCGCCAAACUGCACAAUAAGCUGAAGCUGAUGGCCGCGGUGCACCAGACGCAGCCCACGGUGCAGUUACUCCUCUCCACCUCAGAGUUCGUCGGCGCGCUCGAGCUCAUCGCAACCACCAAGGAAGUUCUGCAGCAGGAACUGCAGGGAAUACACAGCUUCAGGCAUUUGGGUUCUCAGCUCUGCGAGAUGGAGCGGUUGAUCGAUAAGAUGAUGGUGGCUGAUUUCUCCACAUACGCUCAAAGCGACCUCAAUCGACCCUUUGAAGAGGACAUUCAGGUCAUGGAGAAGGUCACAGAGCAGCCGGCAGCGUCAGGAAAGGAUCGUUUGCAGUCUCUGGUCUUUGGCCUGUUGAGACAGAGGAAGCUCGAUUUCCUGGACAUUUACAGUGACGAGAUGGUCCGUGCUGCCAAGAACGUCGUACGGCAGUGUGUUGAGAAGUCUGUGUCGCAGAUCAGUGAGAUUGAUGCAGACACCGUCAAAUUUCAUGAGCAGAUGCGCUUGAUGACAUUUAAUCAGUGGUUUGAUCUGCUGCUGGAUAUAUUUGAACACUUCAUCCUGUUCAUCAAGAGGAUCAAGGCUACGCUCGGCGUCAUCCGUAACGUGGUGCUGGAGGUGCUGGACAGCAGCCAGAGGAGUCGGAUAGCGGACGUCACCCCCGCGGCUGAUCAUUCCCAGGAGGACGAGGAGGAGUCGGGAGCUCAUCACUCCGGGGAGGCGGAGCUCGCGUAUCUCACUCACGAGGGGCUCUUCAUCAGCGACGCGCUCAACGACGCGCAAGCGAGAGCACAGACGCGCACCGACACCUGCGGGAGCGACUCGGCCUCCGCCACCACAGAAUCCUCCUCCAGCAGGGAGCACAACUACAACACUACUUCCUCCCUGCCCGCAGGGGGCGCUGCUGCUCUGAGUGAGGACGUCAUGCCGUCCGAUCUGGAGUUGGGUCGAGUGGCCAAUAACGUUCAGGAGCUGCUGUACACGGCGUCAGACGUCAGUCACGACCGCUGCGUCAAAGUGCUCAUGACCCGAGCCAAGGACGGGUCUCUGGAGCGUUUGAGCUCGGCGGAGUUCGUGCGUUUGAGUCGGGCGGUGGAGUCGUUCGUCCAGGACACUGAGGCGGAGUGUGUCCGGCGCAGCGUGAGCCUGAGGGGGGCGCUACAGAGCCAGGCCAACCGCUUCGUGCAGCGCUUCCACGAGGAGCGCAAGACCAAGCUCAGUCUGCUGCUGGAUAACGAGCGCUGGAAGCAGGCCGAGGUCCCUGUGGAGUUCCAGGAUCUGGUGGACUCCAUCGCUGACGGACGCAUCAGUCUGCCUGAGCGCAAACACACGGCGUCGGAGGACCGGAAGCCCAGUGAGUUCCUGUGUGUCGACGGGCAGAAAUACGCUGUGGUCGGGACGGUGCUGCUGCUGAUCCGGAUGUUUCUGGAGUAUUGCCAGUGUGUGAAUGACAUUCCCUCCAUCACCACUGACAUCCUCACGCGCCUUACCGACCUGCUCAAGCACUUCAACUCGCGGUGCUGCCAGCUGGUGCUCGGGGCCGGAGCGCUGCAGGUCGUGGGGCUGAAGACCAUCACCACCAGAAACCUUGCUCUGGCGUCUCGCUGUCUUCAGCUGGUGGUUGUCUUCAUCCCUGUGAUCCGAGCACACUUCGAGACCAGACUGCAGCCCAAACAGUACAGCAUACUACGCCACUUCGACCACAUCACCAAGGACUAUAACGACCACAUCGCAGAGAUCUCUGCCAAACUAGUGGCCAUUAUGGACAGCAUGUUCGAGAAGGCUCUGUCUAAGUACGAGGUGAAGGCGCCCAUGCCGUCGGCGUGUUUGCGUAACGUGUGUAAGCAGAUGGCCAAGAUGCACGAGGCCAUUCAUGAGCUGUUGCCGGAGGAGCAGACGCAGAUGCUGUUCCUCCGGAUCAACGCCCGCUUUAAUCUGCACCUGAGGAGGCAGCUCGCGCGGCUGGGCGUCAGCAACGACGGCGGGCCGCAGAACGGGCUGGUGAUGGUGGACGUGGCAUUUUACUCGGAGAACGUUCAGGCUCUGCGCUCUCUCGAGUGUUUGGACUUAAACAUGUCGGAGAUCUGGGAGCAGAAAAGGUGAUGACGGACCGCUCGUCCUGGCCAAUCAGGCCUCUCCGUCACAGUGACCUGCCCCGCCCCUGAGCAGGAAGUGAGGUCAGUGGGUGAACACAGACUCAGGACUGGAGCUCUAGUUUGUUUUGUGACAACACUCGUGUCCCGCCGCUGCCUCGAGGCUCAGCAUCUGUACUGACGGGACGUGCCCGGGAGGGACCGACACUUUGUUUUUUUUGUGGAGACCAAAUCAGGACAAGCUUGUGUGGUUGACCAAUCGCAGCUGGGGAUUGUGGGUAAUCUGUGUUUUGUUUGUCCUCAGUGCCUCCUUCAGCACCACCACUACAGUGCAACUGUCCAUUCAUGUGCAAUCCGAUUCCUAUCGUUGUGAAUAUUGCUGAAUUAUUUAAUCACUGUCGGAUGAAUCAACCAAUGGUUAUUUAUUUUAAUUGAUUUUGUUGUUGAUCGAUCAAUCAUGUUUUUCUGUGUUGUUUUUUUUUCAAGUUAAGCUUUCAGGCGACGACGGCCGAUUGGACAACUAGGGUUUUAAAACACAUCUUUCUGACUUGUCAUUGGGUUUUCCAUCAACAUGAUUAUGGUUUUGCUCCUGCUCUUGGUUUUCAUGUUCAGGGUCACUCAGUUGAAGUAUUAAAACUCUGGAGGGUUAAAGGUCAAGGAUUCUUGUCCAUGUUUAUCUCAUUAUUUAAAUGAUGGUGUGUCUUCACACUCCCCAACUAGCAUUUCUCUGUUAAACAGGUUUAGGUACAAAGACUCGUCAAGAUUUUGGACCAAAAUACCUAAUAAUGCUUAAUUAUUGAAAGUAAUUUAACAUGAAUUAUAAAACAAAGAUAAUAAUGAAGAAUGAUUUCAAUAUAAGUAUGUGUCCUUGCAAACUUGACUUCCCCAGCAUCCACAGGUUUAAAGUGGCUCGCUGGUGAUCUAUUAUAUUUAAACGGAGGCCUGUGAUUGGUUGGAAUGAACGGAGAAUGUGAAUGUGUUUUCCCGAAUCAUGUGUUGUUUUGCUGUGAGCUUUGUGUUGGAGAGGAUCCAUGUAUUAUCUUAUUUAACACCUGUGCUGUCCGGUUCAAAAGUGCCUAACCUUUAUUUGGUGUCGAAGACGACUUCUGGCUCGAACGGUCCAUCUGUGGGGUAGAAGUGCCUAAUCCGUGUGUGUUUCGGGCCCUCGCUGCUGCUGAUGCGGCGAACCCCAAGAAAUACGCUGAUGGGGGAACUGUUGUGGAAUGCUUGACCUUUUAAAAUGUGGCACUUUUUAUCAUUAAUAAAGCCACGGUGAACAUCAA